AUGCCCGACGCGUUCCACCCCCCUCGACGCGUUCUCAUCAUAGGUGGAGGUCCAUCUGGACUCGCGACGCUUCGCAACUUCAGGGAACACGGAAAAUUCGAGGAGGUUCAGCUCGUCGAGAGGAGGGAUGCGAUUGGGGGUGUUUGGUGCGCCCAUUCCAACAGAUCCCGUCCUUCAUGGCCACGGCCCGCGUAUCCGGGGCUCGUGGGCAACGUUCUCCCCGAGUUCUUGUCUCUCGCUGGACAUCCAUUUCCGGAGCCGUUGAGGCCUGCACAGCCUUUCCCCAUUCUUGAGGAGACGAGCACAUAUGUCAUGGACUACGCCCGUUCGGAGAACUUAGUGCGGAUACGGCUGAACGUCGAGGUGAUUAGCGUUGGCGAGCUCGAGACAGGAGGAUGGAGAGUCGUGUUGAAGGAUUGGAGCAAGGGCGAGGAGAGCGAGGAGGUGUGGGACGGGGUGGUGGUUACAACGGUGUGGUAUGAUAACCCGCGGUAUCCGGUUAUCGACGGGUUGGUGGAUGCGAUUAAUAUUGGAGGGACAAAUGGAGCUGCGGGUGCUGGAAAGGGGGGAAGGCUUGUUAGCCAUGCUAUCCAUUGGGAUGGUGUGGAGGACAAUGGGUAUGAGGGCAAGCGUAUCGCCGUCAUCGGUAGUGCCAACUCUGCCAAUGAGAUCGCAGCAGCGCUCGCCAACGUGGUUUCUACUCCUAUCUUCCGUUCAGUCAGACGCGUAUCAAUAUUCCCUUCGGUCCUGGACGACAGGAUUCAGGACGUUGCUCCUGUACAACGCGUCGAGAUCGUUCAAGAUUCUACCUCAGGUACACCAUCGAAGCUCAACCUACAUCUUCGAGCUGAAGAUGGCCAAGACGGAGAGAUCCUGAAGGACAUCGACCACAUCAUCUGUGCAACUGGAUAUGUACCACAUGUGCCCUAUCUGCGUGUCCCCUUCCCUUCCAGAGCAGAUGAGGCUAUCCCGAGUACGCUCAAGCACCUGACAGGCCCACACGUCGCACCUAUGCGCGUUCCAUCACUUUACCGACACACAAUCUACGCGCCCAACCCGACCCUCGCAUUCGUCGGCGCCACAAUCUCAUUUGUUCCCUUCGUCCUCUCCGAUCUAACGAGCACCUGGCUCGCGCUCGCCUGGCACUCUCAGCCGUCCUCAGCCUCGGACACCAAUCCCAUCCCAGUUCCCACAACCACAAGCGCCCGCCUCGAAGACGAACAGGCCCGCAUCCAGCAGCUCGAAGCCGUGCGCGCAGAGACGGACAACCCGUCCGACCUGCUCAACUUCCACUUCCUUGGCCGGUUCGAGCUCGAGUUCGCGCAGCUCAUGCGCGACGAGGUGUACGCCGCCGAGCCGGCUAUGGCUUCGCCCGAGCGCAAGGGGAGGCCGCAAGCGGGUGGGCUGCUGGCGUGGGACGAGGAGCAGGACGGGCGGAGGUGGACGAUGUAUAGAACUAAGUUGGAGAGUUUGUAUUGGGCGGUCGGGAAGGAGUCGCCAGCGAAGGAGUAGGAUGUAGGAUCUGAGUGGGUGGAGUAGAAUAUCC